UCUCAUUUUGCUCUGCUCUUUGCAAUCACUUUCCUUCGUUUUGCUUUGAUUUGCAAAGCAGAAAACAUGGCUGAGGUUGCACUUACAGCUACAGGCCUAGUUCUCUCUCCCUUCCUGCAAGUGUUUUUUGAAAGAAUGACUUCUCACGAGUUCGAUGGCUUCUUUCGGGAGCGAAAACUCAAAGACAGACUCAUAAGGAAGUUGAAGACAUCAUUGUGGGCAGUGAAUGCAGUGCUAGAAGACGCGGAGGACAGACAAUUUACGGAGACUAGUGUGAAAGAGUGGCUCGAUGAACUGAAAGAUGCUGUCUAUGAUGCAGAGGACAUCUUGAACGAGAUUGCUACCAAAGACUUGCAGCGCAAGUUGGAUUCUGAAUUUGGAACCAAUGCAAGUAAGGUACGACACUUUAUCUCUGAUCCUUUUUUUGUCAAAAAGAUACAAGUGAAGAUAAAAGAUGCACUUGACAGAUUGGAAGAUCUAGCAAAACAAAUACUUGUUUUGGGUCUGAGAGCAGGUGUUGGAGGGAAACCAUUAGAAAGACUGCCCACGACUUCUUUGAUUGAAGAAUCUAAUAUUUGUGGUAGGAAUUAUGAUAAGGAGGCUAUAAUUAACUCGUUGCUCUCUGAUGAUGCGAGUGGCAGUGAGAUAGGUGUGAUUGCCAUAGUUGGCAUGGGAGGGAUUGGAAAGACCACCCUUGCUCAGUUAGUAUAUAAUGAUACUAGGGUGAAGGAGCAUUUUGACCUCAAAGUAUGGGUUUGUGUUGCAGACCCAUAUGACGUGUUCAUUGUAAUGAAAACAAUUCUGGAGGCAAUAACUCCGUCACCUUGUGAUAUUAAGGAUCUGAAUCAGCUGCAAAUUCAACUCAGUGGUACUAAGGAUCUGAAUCAGCUUCAAAUUAAACUCAAUGAGAUGUUGACAGGAAAGAAAUUCCUACUUGUUUUAGAUGAUGUUUGGGAUACGACUUAUGCCAAAUGGGAGGUCUUAAGUAAUGCUUUUAAAUCUGGGGCACAAGGAAGUAAGGUCAUCGUAACAACACGCGAUUCCGAGGUUGCAAGAGUCAUGGGCGCUGGUGCAACUCGUCCUAUAAUGGAGUUAUCAAGAGAAGAUUGUUGGUCACUAUUUGUAAAAUAUGCAUUCCACGAUGGUAACUCUAAUGCAUAUCCAGAACUAGAAGCAAUAGGAAAACAAAUUGUAGAAAAUUGCAAAGGCCUACCUUUAGCAAUCAAGGCGAUUGGGGCUCUCUUGCGGUCUAAAUUAAAUGUUGAUGAAUGGGAUAAGGUAUUGAGAAGUGAAUUAUGGGAUUUAUCAAUUGAGGAGACAGGCAUACUUCCUGCUCUAGGAUUAAGUUAUAAAUAUCUUUCGCCAAAUCAAAAGCGAUGCUUUGCAUACUGCUCCAUAUUCCCAAAGGAUUAUGCUUUCAAAAAGGACAAACUAAUCUUAUUAUGGAUGGCAGAAGGUUUCUUGCCGCAACCCAAAAACAAAACAAUGGAAGAAGUUGGUGAUGAUUACUUCCUUGCUCUUGUAUCAAGAUCAUUAUUCCAACGAUCAAAUCACAAUGAAUAUAAAAUGCAUGAUCUUGUCAUCGAUUUGGCAAAAUUUAUAUCUAAACAAUUCACUUUAAGCCAUGAAGAUGAAAGUUCUCGUGAAAUUGGAAGCAAUACUCGCCAUUUCUCGUAUUAUUCCAAAAAAAAUCCUAUUGUGAAAUUUGAGACCUUUAAUGAGGCUAAGAGGUUGCGCACUAUUGUAGAAUUAAAUCUCUUUACGGAUGAUGUGUUCUACCUUUCUGAAACCCAAUUUUUAUUACCAAUGAUAAGAAACCUACGGGUGCUCAUUCUAUCUCACCGUGGGAACACAAGUUUGCCCAAUUCGAUUGGUAAACUUAUAAAUCUACGUUAUUUGGACCUUUCUUGCACUUGGAUUAAACGGUUGCCUGAUUCCUUAUGUAAGUUGUGCAACUUGCAAAUAUUGAAUUUAUCACAUUGUAGGGAUCUUGUUGCCUUGCCAAGAGAUAUGCAUAAACUCAUUAAUUUGCAAAGAUUGAAUUUAUCAAAUUGUUGGGAUCUUGCUGCCUUGCCAAUAGAUGUGCAUAAACUCAUUAAUUUGCGUCAUCUUGAUAUUGAUGAAACUAAGAUAAUGGAGAUGCCCAUAAAUCUGGGUAAACUAAAAUGUCUUCAAACGUUAACUAAAUUUAUGGUGGGCAAACAUAGUGGAUCUUGCAUUGGAGAGCUAGGGAAACUUACAAAUCUUCGGGGAUCGCUUUCUAUUUUGGAGCUCCAAAAUGUUGAAUCUCCCAAUGAUGCUAAGAAUGUAAACUUGAGGGAUAAGAAGUACCUUGAGAAGUUGGUAUUGAAGUGGAUAGUUGAUACUAAUGCUUCAGAAAGUCAUAUAAUUGUACUUGAUGGUCUCCAGCCUCAUUCAAGCUUGAAAAGCCUUACUAUCAAUGGCUAUGGUGGUAAAAGUUUUCCAGAUUGGGUAGGGUAUCCUUCAUUCUCUAAUAUAGCAUCACUUCAUCUACGAAACUGUAACCACUGUUGCAGCUUGCCACCGCUUGGGCAACUGCCCUCUUUGCAGGUUCUCUCUAUUGUUGGGUUGGAUGGAGUUGUUAUAGUGGGUCGUGAGUUUUAUGGCAGUGGAUCUUCUUCAAUGAAGCCAUUUGAAGUCUUGAAAGAUCUAAAGUUCGAGAAUAUGUUGAAGUGGGAGGAAUGGUUUUCUUUUGACACUGAAAAUAUAGGUGGAGCUUUUCCUCAACUUAAAAAGCUUUAUAUUAAGGACUGCCCUAAGCUAACAGGAGUUUUGCCUGUCCAUCUUCCUUGUUUAGUCAAACUUGACAUUCAUGAAUGUCCCCAGCUAGUGGCUUCACUCCCUAGGGCUUCUUCUCAAUGUAAAAUGAUGGUUGAAAAUUGCAAUACGGUGGUUCUAUUCAAUGAAUCACCAACUGGAAUACAGGAGCUCGAAAUUCGACAAUUUGAUGCAGUAGAGCUUACCAUCCGAAGUUGUAUGAAGUUGGAGCUCCCAAUGCACCUGGGCUAUUCAUCCCUUGAAUAUUUGUUGUUGGACGGUUGUGAUUAUCUCAAGUCUUUUCCAUUAGAUUUAUUCCCAAACCUUCGUCGUCUCGAAAUCUGGGGUUGUGGGAAUCUAGAAUCUCUUACAGUUCGAGAACAACAUAAACAUGAUCUACUCCUCUCGCUAAUAGACAUCAAUGGAUGCCCUAAUUUUGUAUAUUUUCCAAAAGGAGGACUGCAUGCCCCCAGCCUUAAAGAGUUUUGCAUCACCAAUUGUGGGAGUCUGCCAUCACUACCUAACAAGAUGCACAUACUUCUUCCAUCUCUGAAGAAAUUGUAUAUACAAGAUUGUCCGGAAGUUGAGUCAUUUCCCAAAGGGGGCUUGCCGUCCAAUUUGAAUGAAAUUCACAUCGAAAAUUGUGAGAAACUCUUUGCGAGCUGGAUGGGGUGGGGUUUGCAAAAACUCCCGUCUGUUAGAAUAUUCAAAAUCCGUAGCAAAUCUGAAGAUGUGGUGUCCUUUCCAGGGGUGGGGUUGCUGCCUACCAGUCUUACUUAUCUUUGCAUCAAAUGCUUUCCAAAUUUGAAAUAUUUGGACAACAAGGGGCUUCAACACCUCACUGCUCUUGAAAAAUUGGAGAUCGGGAGCUGCCCUAAGCUCGAGUGCAUGCCAGAAGAUGGGCUGCCUGCCUCCCUUUCUACUCUAAAUAUCUUCUUUUGUCCUUUGUUAAAGAAAGAGUAUCAGAAGAAAGAAGGAAAAGAAUGGCGUAAGAUUGCUCACAUCCAGCACAAAUGGAUUGAAUGAGUUAAAAGUCUCCACUUUCUGUUAUAAUAUCAGGUUUUACAGUCAGGCCAUCUAGAAUGAAAUACAAACUCCACUUGUGUCAUCAUGGAUUUGGUUGCAGAUGGUCAACCACUCCUCUCACUUCUUCUCAAUUGGUGCUCCUCUUCAUCUAUGUCGGACUGGCUUAAGGGAAACUGAUGUUUGUUGACACAAUGCCCAAUUCAAUUAUCAUUCUACAAGCUCAAUCUUGAUUAUGCCAUUUUGAGUUCUCACUGCAAUGGAAUAAUUACAACAAGAACCAGUUGGAUGUGAGCAGAGUGAUGACCCGGCAGCUGAUACUGGUGUCCAAUGUGCUCUAAUUGUUGGUGAUUACAAGGAGGCAGUUGCACAUAGCAUAUCUGUAAAUAAAAUGGUCAAUGCUUUGGCUAUUGCUCACGUAUGUGGUGCAUCUUGUGGGAGAGCUGGCAAGAUCAAUACUUUAAGUGUGGCUACAGUGAUUUACUAGAUGGAUAAUCAUUAUUGGACUCUUGCCCGACUUAUACUGAAACACACAUGGCUGUACACAUAGAUGCUUGGUGUUGAAGCAAUUGUUUAUCAUUAGGAUAAUCUGAUAUGAGUUUUUUUUUUUACGGUAUCUUGCAUGACUUUCCAGACUUGAGAUUUUCAAUCAAUGGAGGCAUAACUUGGUAGAAGAGAGGAACAAGUAUGAUCUUGGAUUGGCUUAUCAUUCAGGGCAUGGGAAUGGUCUGUGGAAGCACAAAGCUGGCGCUACUUUCCAACAAUUCACACUCUGAAGUGGUAUAAACGUCCCAUUUGGUGUCUAUUUUUGCUUUGGUGGCAUCCUCUUCCCUGCAUGUGUUCCAACUGGUGGCUCAGAGGUUUAUAUGCACAACUUAGUUACCAAGGCAAUGAUAGUUUGAUCUAUCAAUUGGCAAAAAUCAUUUGAUACAAGUUUGUCAAGCUCUAGUGGUAACUUUGCUACUGGGGAUACUACCCAUAUAUGGUUCAGAAAAAUUGCAACAAGAACCAUAUGGGUUUGAGGAAUAUUGUGUUGACACAGCUUUUGAUGAUGAUGUUUCCAUAAGCUUGUUUAGCUCUGUCAAUCUUUGGACAAUGGCAAUUUCUUUUCUGAUCUUAAAAUCCAGGAAUUUGGUCCUUCACAAAUCACAAUAGGUCGACUAGCUUUCAAUUAAAUGUUUGUUAUUUUUGGAAGCUGUUAGAGGAGGAGGAGGAGAUAUGAGUUUUUUUUUUACGGUAUCUUGCAUGACUUUCCAGACUUGAGAUUUUCAAUCAAUGGAGUGGCAUAACUUGGUAGAAGAGAGGAACAAGUAUGAUCUUGGAUUGGCUUAUCAUUCAAAGCCUAGGAAUGGUCUGUAGAAGCACAAAGCUGGUGCUACUUUCCAACAAUUCACACUCCGAAGUGGUAUAAACGUCCAGUGUCUAUUUUUGCUUUGGUGGCAUGCUCUUCCCUGCAUAUGUUCCAACUGGUGGCUCAGAGGUUUAUGUGCACAACUUAGUUACCAAAGGGAUGAUAGUUUGAUCUAUCAAUUGGCAAAAAUCAUUUGAUACAAGUUUGUCAAGCUCUAGUGGUAACUUUGCUAUUGGGGAUACUACCCAUAUAUGGUUCAGAAAAAUUGCAACAAGAACCAUAUGGGUUUGAGGAAUAUUGUGUUGACACAGCAUUUGAUGAUGAUGUUUCCAUAAGCUUGUUUAGCUCUGCCAAUCUUUGGACAAAGGCAAUUUCUUUUCUGAUCUUAAAAUCCUGGAAUUUGGUCCUUCACAAUAGGUCGACUAGCUUUCAAUUAAAUGUUUGUUAUUUUUGGAAGCUGUUAGAGGAGGAGGUACUUCUCAGAAUAUUGGGCUGUUGCUGAUUUUAUUUUUUACUUUUUAAUUUUUUUUUACUUUUAGUACUUUUAGCAUUAAGAAAUAUAUAGGGUCUUUUUUUUUCAUGUUAAAAUUCACGGAUGAUUUACCU